AACGGUCUGAUCAUUAUCCACACUUCAAACAAAUCUGGACGGAAAUACUCUUGUUGUUCGCUAGCCACGCACAGCUAUGAAAUGAAAUUAACUUUAAAUGCAUUGGUUGAUAUUAGUUUUACCGCAGCUAACAGUCCACAGGUCGCCGAGCCAGUCGUUCCAUUGCAUUCAGCUCCCCAGGAUGUCUACCCUCCACCUAACGGUUGUGAAUCCAGUUUUUAUGAGAAUAACCAGUUCCCAGAGAAUGCUUCGCAUGAGCAGAACCCGAUCUUGUAUGACGAGGUAUAUGAGACGUGUCUGUCUGACCUCUGCACUGAGAGCUCUUACAAUUCGUACACUUCGAACUUCUGCAGCCCCCCAGUCAAUUACCAGACACCAUCUCACUGCAGUCACUCAGCUGUGAUUUCAGGAUCUCCUGCACAUGCUUCUAUGGAUUAUGAAUAUUCUACCCAGCGUGUUGCAUUGUCUCCACAAGACUUCUGUCCAUCUUCACACUUGGAACCUAAGUCCCUUUAUCCAACUUCUGAAGAGUACUUUACUCACCAACACUACAGCUGCGCAUCAACAAUCUACUCCAUCUUUUCCUACGUGCCAGAAAACAUGGAAAUGGGUUCCAUGUCCGAAAAUGGGUGCUUUACAAUCCCAGAGUACAAAGACUAUUCAACUGGAUUGCUCACAGAGGAUAUCUGGAGAGGAAACCUAAAUGAAUGUUUGGAUUAUUGAAAUAAUCAUCAAGUGUGUUUUGAGAACAUAUUUUCCUUCUUGUACACCUGUAAAUAAUUUUGGUUGUUUGAAUGAGAGUAGUUCCUCUGAACAAUGUUGUAAAGCCAGGGUGGAAAGACAUCCAAAUCCAGAGCACUGGAAUCACUGCUGCUCCAAGUUUUUUCAUUAAUUUUCCCUGGAAUUUUUUCCCCCUUUCCAUCCAGUUAUAAAGCAUUUUUGCUGGGGUCCGGUACUAUGUGCUGGUCACUCUGUGCAAUGCGUAUGAUUCACUCACUUUGUGUAUUGGUAGACUGUCCGAGCUUGGGUAGAUGGUCACCGCCAAUAGCCACACAUUUAGAUUUUUAGAGAAAGCAGCUGAAUACUUUUCAGAAGUACCUGAUGUGAUCGUUCCCUCAUGUAAACCAAGAGCACUUAGAUGAGGAGUAAUAUCUACUCUGACGAGGAUAGAACCCGGUCUUCCUGGCCUGUACCUCUUUACUGAUCACUGGAUAAGCUUGUUAAGCCAUGCAGAUAAGGAGGACCCCAGGUGAGUCAUAGAAAAGAUCCUUCGAAAGGUGACAUCAAAUUGUCAUUUACUCUAAGCACACUGAGCUUUGGGAUACUUUAACUUUUGUGGACAUGCAGCACAAUUGCUAAUACUUGGAAUGCUUUCUCCUUGUAAGGUUGGAGAUGAGAUGAUGCAUUUACACGUAAAGCGUACACCAGUCAGCAAAUUCCACCAUUAUACCAACGAUGAAUGUAAACAGUUAUCUAAAAAUCCACCCACUCAAGGCUCCAAUUUACCCUUUCCUGAUUUCAGGCAAUAAAUAUGGAUGGAGAGGCGAUCUGAAUCACUUUGGUUUAUCUACCUGAACAAACUAAUCUUCCCUUAUUACAGGAUUCAACCAACUCUUCCUUCUGAUACCUUUUAUUUAGUCAGAAGUAUAUUCUUAUGUUGAGACGUGUGAAAUUUUUGAUAUCACCUCUGACUGUGUUGUUUGCCGUGUCUUUUACCCUGUUGUCAUGAGCCAAAGAGAAUCAGUGACAAAUCAUAGUUAAUGCUACAGCAAAACUGCUAAAGACAUUCAGACCAAUUUUAAUAUUCAUUUUUUAUACAAUCCAGAUGUAUGUAAUUUAUGGUUUUAUUCCCUCAAACAAUCAAACCACUCUUCAGUAUGAAACUUUUGUGGUCUUCCUCUUUCACCACAACACAUCUCUACAACAAUUUUGAUUGCAUAUUGACUUCAUCAGAAUGAUUACUACAAACGUUGACUUGCACAGUGAGGUCUACCCCUGCUCACCAUCCAAUACAACCUGCUUACUCUUAGCUCUGCUUAUUCUUGGAAAUGAAGUGCCCUGCUGAAGCUGCAUAUUAUUGUUUGGACUUGCUUACAUUUGCUAGCCCAAUUCUGAUUGGCUGAGCAACUAUCCAGUGUUGCUUCUGUUUCCAUGGCAUUUGAGUGCUGUUUUAACAUUUUACCAGUUAAACAAAUACAACAAUAUGAUAAUCAAAAAAAAUACUUGCAUAUUUUGGCCCUUCAUGUUGCCACUUGACUGACAAAUGCAUGUGAGGUUUAAAGUUCACAUACAUGUACCAAGCAUGUAUUAAUACAAAGAUCACACACAGGGCUUAAAUUCAUUGCUCAUUUAUUAGUUACUGAAUUAAAACUGCAAUUAGCUACAAAUUGAUUUCCAAUAUGUGAGUAGUGGAGAAUGGAUUGGUCGACACUACCUUAAUAUACUGCUCUGGAUUGCUUUAUCUACAUUAUUUACUCUUGUAUGUAGGUCAGUAAGCUUGACGUUCUUUUCCAUUGAAGACUGAAAUGAUUUUGAUGUUCAUGCACAUCAAGUUGGAAAAUAAACCAUCAAUUUCAUUUUGCCUUGGGAAGGAGUGGUAAGGAGAGAAGAAUUAUGUAUUCUUGUUGGUGCUUGCGCAGUUAACCAAAUUUUCAUUGGUGAAGGGGCAACAGUCUGCUGCUUUCUUGCAACCAAUUCCUUUGACACCUUUUACACUUUCAGCUUUAUUAAAAUAGAAAUGGCACAUUUCCAUUUUUUCAGCUAUUUCUGGUGUGCUGGUGAGUGAUUAGAUUGUUUAAUCUCACAGGCUGGGAAAUAUGCCAAUGUGAGAAUAGUUUUUAUUCAAAUCAUUCUGAACUUUAGUUUUCCAGUUAACUAUGUGUCAUUUGUCUUAACUGUCUAGAGAAUAUAUUUUUUCAGGAUAAAUACCUGAAUGUCUUUUUCUUUGUAGUUCAUAUGUUGUAGUGCCUCCCGGAAAUAAAAUUCUUAUGCUUAUG